AAAAAAAAUUCAAAAACCUACCAUAUGUGAAUUAUUUACAAAACUAACCAGCACUGGUUUAAAAUAAAGCUUUUUUUCACUCAAAAGGGUGAAGUAUGACAGAUUUAAAUAAAAAGACAACGAUCGUCAAGAUUGUGGCAUUGAUUCUUGCUAGUGUUUGUUAUGGACUGCUCAUUGGAUUUCACGCUUCUAUUCAGACACCUUAUGAGAGGCUUCUCAUCUGUGCAGUCUUCGCUGGAUUUUUGGUUCUUUAUAUUGCGCUUGUGAUUGGUGUCUUUACAGGCCGAGAAGUAGACAAGGACCUGAACAGCGUCUGGGCAUUGUACGGCUUUGCUGCAUAUAUAGGAGCCGGUGUGCUUUGUAUAAUCAUGUACAGUGAUAACUCGAGUACAGAAGGCUUUUUGGGUGUUGCGACUGGAGCUGUAUCCAUCGUCCAGGGUCUUGUGGUCGGCCUGGAUGCAUGGUUCUUGCAAAACAAUUGAAGCCAGGAGAAUUGUUUAUUCGCUUAUUUCUCAACAAAUCCUACACUAAUUAUCUUGAUGGAAACAAUCUUGUUGAUUCCCUGGACUAAAUAUGUACAGCUUUUUUUUUUGAGUUUGUAAAUAAUACAUUUUUUAAAAUGAUUACAUUUUUUUCUGAUUCCUUA